GAUGGGGAUUUCUGCUCUGAAUAACUGAAGAUCUCAUCCUUCUUUUAUCUUGCUUUCUCCUCUGAGUAUAGCUUCAGUUCCUCCUAUCAUUUUCUACUUAAGUAGAAAUAUUAAUCUUUGAUAGCUGGUAUUAAUAAUAGCAGCACUUUUGUGUUGCUAUGUUGAGAGAAGUGGCAGGACAUUUUCUCAUGGAGCUCUCCUCUGAGAGAGGUCGCGGAAGACACCCGUCAUCUGCACUUGCUUGAAAACUCCUCCUUUAUAACGACGGAAAAGGGGGACAGCUGGAUUGGCUUCAUCCAUCAGAUCCGGGUGUCAUCACCGUCGGCUGACAGGAACGUAGCACCGACUGACUGUGAUCUGCACUUGCAAGGCCUGGACACUUGAAAUAAUUGCAUGGGGAGCUGGUGGAUUAGGCGACAGACCGUCUGCAACAUUCUGUUUAGCAUCUUGAGGUCGUUUUUUUCCGGCACUUUCUCUGCAGGGAUCAACAAAAAAAGAAAUGUUUUUGAUGCCACUGGAGGAGAAACAUUUUGCCAUAGCUGCUGUCAAAGUUCAGAUCUAUCUUGCUCUUUUCUCGUCUCUCUACAGCUGGGAUGUGAUACUGGUGGUUCCGCACGCUGGAAAAUCAGUCACCCCAAUACCCAGAGCUCCAAGCCCCUAGACCCCAGAUGCUUAGAACCCUUUGAUUCCCUUGAACCAUUUCAGCCACCAUGGCCUUGGAUCAGUGGCCCUUCCUCUCGACUCCCCCUAACACCUCCAUUCCUGAGCCCCUCCUGUACGACAGCUACAUCCAAGGGAACGAGUCCGACCUGGACCUGAACAUCUCAGAGACCAGAGAGCCUCACCAGGACAAGACCAGCUCCGUGGUCAUCACCUUUAUCUACUUCGUGGUGUGUGCCGUGGGGCUCUGCGGCAACACCCUGGUCAUCUAUGUCAUCCUGCGUUAUGCCAAAAUGAAGACGGUGACCAACAUCUACAUCCUCAACCUGGCAGUGGCAGAUGUUCUGUGCAUGAUGAGCCUGCCGUUCAUCGCCCUGCAGCUGGCUCUGGUGCACUGGCCCUUCGGAGAGGCUCUGUGCAGGGUGAUCAUGACUGUAGAUUCUCUCAAUCAGUUCACCAGCAUCUUCUGUCUGAUGGUAAUGAGCAUCGAUCGAUACCUGGCUGUGGUUCACCCUAUUAAGUCCACAAAAUGGCGGAAGCCCCGUGUAGCCAAGCUAAUUAACCUGACAGUCUGGGGUGUGUCGCUGUUAGUCAUCCUACCCACUAUGAUCUUCAGUGGCCUGGACAAGGUGCCAGUGUGUGGCAUCGUGUGGCCGGAGCCCCAGGACGUCUAUUACACAGCCUUCAUAUUCUACACCUUUUUCAUUGGAUUCUUCCUGCCCCUGGCAGUCAUAUGCAUGUGCUACCUGCUUAUUAUUGUCAAGGUGAAGUCAUCCGGCAUGAGAGUGGGUUCCACCAAACGCAAGCGUUCAGAACGUAAGGUGACACGGAUGGUGUCUAUCGUGGUGGCGGUGUUUGUCCUCUGCUGGCUGCCUUUCUACAUUUUCAAUGUCACCUCCGUCACUAGCUCCAUCAACCCCACGUCUGCUGUGAAGAGCACCUUUGAUUUCGUCGUGGUCCUCGGGUACGCCAACAGCUGCGCCAACCCCAUCCUGUAUGCCUUUCUGUCGGACAACUUCAAGAAGAGCUUUCAGAACGUUCUGUGCCUGAAAAAGGUGGCAGGCCUGGACGAGAUAGAGCGCAGCGACAGCAGGGCGGACAGGAGCAGGAUGGUGAACGAUGCGGUGAUCAUCAACGCCAACUUGGAGACUCACAAUGCUGCCCUGCUCAACAGCGAGUUGCAGACCAGCAUCUGAAGGGUAAAGGAGUGGUAGUCACAUCCAGGGAGGACAGAGAAAAUGAGCAGUGGUGCUCGGGGCCUCUAGACUGAUGGGCUGCCACUGCACUGCUAGUGACCCUUGCUCAAAGAUGCGGGGGCAGGAGGAUGAUGUAAUAGCUGCUGCUCAUGGACACUGACACAUGAACAAAGUCUAAGUGAAAAAUAAACAAUUUCUUAAGGGUUGCCAUCUCAAAAUGCUUGAUAUUUGGAUUAAUGAAAUAACUUCAGCUGGUUAACCCUGAGGUGACACAACAGCAUAUCUGACUGAAAUGAUAUUCAACACUAUGGAGACAACCAAUGUUGAAAUCAAUCAUUAAUUAGACUGCCGUUCAUGCUCGCCAACUUUAGGCUUCUAUUGAGUUGUGGAAACAAGACGUGGGAUCGGAUAGUGGACUGCUGUGGAGCCACUGGAAAGAUACUGGAGCUAGUUCACCCAGGUCCCUGGGGAUUGAACUCCAUCAAUGGCUUUGCCUUGACAGAGCAAAGACUGUUUGACAUUGAUUUCUCUGAAUGUGGAAAUACUGCUGAAGACGUAACUCUCUAGAAACAGAAAGAAAAAAAAAAACCACAACCCAAAGAUGAAUAGUUUCAUGGUCAUGUAUUAUUCGUACCAGCUGAUUAGUCUGGUCUUACAUGAUCAACAGGACAAGAAAAUGCCAACCCCUUCCAAACAUAUCUUAUCUACCAACAAAUGAAGGAUGCUCUUUUCCCUCUCCAGCUGGCAACUCAGCGGAAGGAGGUUGCAUUGAUCCGAUAAAUGCCUGAAUUCAACAUCCUGGAUUAUUGAUUACGUGGAAGGAUGACCUUGUUCAGUUCAAAACAGCAUGACUUUGUAUAUAGGAAAUGGUUUUCUGUCAACCUUAUGGGGAAAGUUCUGCACCAAAACAAAUUUCAAAGGCAGUCCCUACUGUAAAAUUCUGUAUUGUUGUGAAAUGCGUCAAGGACAGCUUUGAAACUAUGUUUGUGAAACCAGUCAUGUGUACUUUAUACCUCACUGUGUCCUGGUCUCUACAAUAGUUGCCCCCCUGUGCCAGUGAUGCAGUUAUGCGGAGCCCAUUUCUACUUGUUAAGUGCUGUGUUUUGACAAUGUAAGAUUUCCGCUUGAUUUCAUGUUGAAAUGUGGUCACCACCCCCAGCUUUAUAUUCGGUUCUGUCAGCAUGAGCUUGCAAAAAAUCCUUAAUUUCACAGAAGGCAGAAAAAGAGGUUGGAGUAGGGGGUAAGGAAUUAUAUAGAAAGAAAGAAAAGCACAGCUUGUGCAAAGUGGGCUGCGAAGAGAUCAGGGUGUGCUUGAGAGAUAUAUUGAACCACAUAUAUCAUAUUUUCUUAACAAUUUAUUUCCAGUACAACACUUUCAGAUGUUGUUACAAGCCUCCUGUAUUGGAGGUGGCCUGCUCUUAGGCAAUAAUGGGUGAGAGCAGCUGGUUGCUUUCUGAAGUUAUGAACUGAAUUCUCGUGUAUCUACACAUCAAACUGCAUUUCUCUGCUGUUUUGACAUUGAACUUCAUUUUACUAUUGAUGCGUUAGCGUGUUUGGAUGAUUUCAGCUCGUUAAAAUACAAAAUUCAUAAUUAUAGAGUCUUGUGCUUUUGGGAUGUGAAGUACAAAGUCCAAGGGCCCCUUACUUACCCCACACCUACCACCAAUAAUACAUUUCUUAAAACUGGAUUUUGAUAUGGGGCCCUUAUAAAAGACUGGACCACAAAAUUAGCUAAUGAUGCAGGACAUGCAUCUGUCCAUCCUGUAUUACAGUGGUGUAAUUUUUUUCUCUCAGUGCCCAGUUGAUCCAUCCCUAGCUUCUCCACAGAUUAUUAAUUCAGAAUAACUAUAACUAUCAGAUUGUACAUAUACUGCAAUUUACUAACUCAUGGUUUUAAUGUUCAGAUUCAGAUUCUUACACAGACUGCUCAUAAAGUACACCAAGAACAAACACUGCUUAAAUAAGGUUACUCAUACAUGUAAUGUCACAAGCAAUAUACACUACUGUGUGUGUUCAGUCACACUACUGGCAGUCCCAGUAAUGCUUGUUUCUAUGGAUACCAUUCAACGCUAUAACCAACAUAUCUUAUAAUAGACAGUAUCACUAAUAAAAUUACACAAAAAGCAUACAAUUAGUGUGACCUUGACUCACUUCAUCUCACAGCAUUCAAUACAAUGGUUUGAUAGUGAAAGCAAUAUGCAGGCAACUAUACUUAAAUGUGCACAUUACUGCAGUAUAUCCCUGUACUCUGUAUAUAUAGUGGCUUGUGGUGAGACACAAGGACUUCAGGAGGUAAGACUGAUUAAUGGAAUAACCAGUCAAUCAGUGGAACAUGACAAAUGUUCUCAUGAGUUUUUUCUUUUCAUUUAGCCAUGUUUGCAGUAUGGCUCAAAGGAACGGCAGUGACAGUCUGUAGAUUCAUGACUUUGGUCCAUAUUGAAAUAUCUCAACAAUUACUGGAUAGAUUCCCAUGCAAUUUGGUACAGACAUCCACUGUCCCCUCAGGAUGAAUUAUAAUAACUUUGGUGAUUUCCUUAACGUCCCACAAUCAUCAGUCUUUUUUUUUUUUUAAUUUGUUGAAUACUUUAUGAUCAACUACCUGUAAAACUAACUAUAUUCUGGGGCGCAUUGGUGGCUCACCUGGUAAAGUGUGUACAGUGUCAAAGCUUACCACAGAAUUACAUUCCCAUCAGCCCCAGCUGUACUUUGUAUUUAGUGUUAAUAGAGUUGUGAGGAGGAAAGACGGUUGGUUAUAGUGGUGUUUCUCCUGAUUCUGUAUCAAUGUGAGCACGUUAGCAUGCUAAUAUUAGCAGUGAGCUUUAGCUUUGAAUUUGAAUGUCUAUUUACAUAUUGUCCAUACUGUCCACACUGGUUUUCAACUGCUAACCUGAACACCAUUUGAGAUCACUAUUAGCUUUUAGAAAUAAACGUACUGCCAGUUAGUUUAGUUGACUGGGCUGACUCCCACAUGUCACAGGUUCCCAGUGGAGCAAAGGAGCAACAACAAAAGACAAUAUGACAAUAACCUGAAUUUGGAAACCUUAUCAUUCCAUUAAUGCUGACUGAACGAGCCAACAUGAACAGCAGACAUACAUUUCAGUUUUAGCUAUCAGCCUGUGCACUGAGACUUCUCUGACAGACAUCCAUGAUGGAACCAGACCUGGUUGCUGGGAGAUUUGUCAACACCUGCAAAGCCGCUAUGGUGGUAAUAAGGCCAUCCGCCAUAUGCUGCAGACUCAGAUUUGUUUCAUCACGGUAUAUCGGUCAAGUCAGAAGCCAUCAAUCAGUGCAAUCAAAAGGCAUGAGCACGCAGACAGGGCUUGUCCUGUGAGGUUACUGCAGAAAAUAAUUAAGUGAGGCCACACACACAUAAGAUAUUUGUUGGUGGUGGGACACACAGGAUACAAUUAAUCAUGACAUCCUCUCUGUGCUGCCACUGCUGGUAGUAUUUGUAGCAGAGCCAGCCCCACCUUCAGCCCCUGGUCAAAGUAGGAACACACACACACAAUCACAGGUAUUUGUGUGGGAACAGUUCCAUGUGAUGUAUAUAAAGACAAAAACACACACUCUUCAGCCUUGUUGCUCUCAAUGUGUCACACGGACGUAAGCUCCUUGCACCCUUGUCUGAAUAAUGCAGAAGGCGAUAAGGGUGACCAAUUCUGCAUCAGGGAGUCAUGGUGACCUAACUGACUGUGUUUGUAUGUAAAGCAGUCCAAGACCAAAGGCGUUACUUGAGUGAUACCGACAACCAGAAACAUGUUUGGAUUAUAAUUUAUCAUGCAUAGAAAUCCUGUGACUGAUCCUGAAACAUGUGGUAUCUCUCUGUAUGUUUUUGUUUAUGCAUUUGUGAAUACUCAAAUGCCAAAUGUGUGUACGUGUCACAGACAAACUCAUUUCACAAUCUCACCCAUUGCAGCUAAGGUAUUUAGCGCCUUCAAGACUGAAGUGCAAGAGCUAUUCUCUCAUCAUCCACAGUUAAUUACUUGUGCUCUCGUUGUCUUUCUAUCUGUUCCUCUCCCUCUCUCUUUGAUUCACAUGCACAGCUGGUGAAGAAUAAUAUGAGCUGACACACAUUUCACACCCACCCAAACUGAGCUGAGCUGAAAUGAACUGAACCACACUGAGGGAAACACACUAUGCCUGUCAUUGCCACUGGCUAUUUGGACGUGCUUAAUGGACCCUAUGUACUUAAAGGACCAUUCUGAUGUUUAAUAGAUGUUGUUAAGAUGGUUUGUGCCAAAUCCAGUGUAAAUGUAGCGCUAAGGCGACAGCUGAGGCAAUGAGAUGCUUUAGCUGCUUUCUUUGUCAUUUUGUGAAAUCAAGACCUAAAUCUGUCUCUGAAAUUAGAUUGUGGUGUAUUCUGGAAAAAGUUGUGAUUAUUCGCAUUGACGUGGACCUGCUCUCUGGGUAAAGCUCAGGCUCAGAGCCAAAUGUGAAAAGGGCAUUUGUCUGGAUUUCUGGCUGGUUCCCGCCACUGUAUAGUGUACAGAUGAGAGGCAGAAGCGGGGGAAUGGGAAACCUCUGCCUUCUUGCGCUCGGUUUCUUUUUUUGAAACAAGUUCAUUUGCGAAGGGCUAGAACGUGCACCCCUGUGGCUGCACCGUUCAAUAUAAACUCUACGUAUCUGUGGUAUCCUUGGCUUGUUUUUGCAUGGGCCGGGCUGUAUAGCCCACCCUCUGUGUCACCUCACCAACCAAAACCAGCGUUAUUACGCAUACAGGGUGCCACAUUUUUUGCUAAAUACACUUUCAGAAUAAAGAUACAGAGUUGUACUUUUUAGCAACAAUGGGUACAACUAUGUAGCUUUUUAAGUGAUGGUCACAAGCAAGUGUGAUGCAUUCUUGGUAAAGAAAUAAAAUGAAACAUACAGAUAAUCCUGACUAAGCCAAAUUUUAUGCGAGCUGGUCAUAACUUACAUGCUUGUUUCUGUCAUGGAUGUGUACUUUUCUGUGCAGUUACUUUUAUCUAUGUGCCUUGAAACUUAAAUUGAAUAUGAAAUCAUGUGAUGACAUUUGUGUACAGCAAAACAACAUUGUAAUCUGUUUGUCCCAGAAGCCAAGCAACCAAAGGCCUUUGUACUGUACAGACAUGUUAACCAAAACAUUACAGAGACCUGCUGUAAAUCAUUUUUAGUACUAUUUCCCUGGCUUACGUAGCUUAUGUUUGUGUGAUAUGAUGUCAGAGGCAGAUGUUUAUUUGUGACUCUUUAUUGUUGCAUAGAUUAUAAUGUGAUCAUUGAUUGUAAUAGACAGGCUGUUGUCCUUGUCUCUGCAAUUAAAAUGCAGACUAGUUUCUGCUCCCAUGGUCAAA